CUCUACUAAAGUGUUGCGGUUGCCCAUGCCGCCGAGACGUCGCUGUGCGGGCUUGUGCGGAAGACCGAGUGGGAGAGCUCGCCACGCAUGGAGUUGAGCUCGGACAGUGUGGUGGCAACUCUGGAGAUGUCGCAGAUCAAACGCACAGACGAUGAGCCUUUUGAUGGUGACGUUGACUACGAGAGCUUGCCGCCUCACGUCCCAGUGUCGACCCACAUGACAGCAGGAGCCGUGGCUGGCAUACUCGAGCACACUGUGAUGUACCCCGUGGACUCUGUCAAGACAAGGAUGCAGAGCCUGCAGCCGGACCCAAAUGCACAGUACAGGAGUGUGUAUCAGGCUCUGAGAAAGAUCAUCCGGACAGAAGGGAUCUUCAGACCGCUUAGGGGCCUCAACAUCACCAUGAUGGGAGCGGGACCCGCGCAUGCGCUCUACUUUGCCUGCUAUGAACGUGUGAAACGCUCAUUAAGUGACGUCAUUCAGAAUGGAGGCAACAGCCAUUUAGCCAAUGGUUUGGCAGGUAGUGUGGCGACUGUUCUUCAUGAUGCAGUCAUGAACCCAGCUGAAGUGAUAAAGCAGAGGAUGCAGAUGUACAACUCCCCAUAUCGAGGACUUUGGCACUGUGUUCAAACAGUAACGCGUACUGAGGGCGUGGGAGCCUUCUACCGCAGCUACAGCACACAGCUGACCAUGAACAUCCCUUUCCAGGCCGUUCACUUCAUCACCUAUGAGUUGAUGCAGGAACAGUUCAACCCCCACAGACACUACCACCCUGGCAGCCACAUAUUGUCGGGAGCGGCGGCGGGAGCCGUUUCCGCAGCAAUAACCACUCCACUUGACGUUUGUAAAACUCUGCUCAACACACAAGAGAAUGUAGCACUCAACUCCAUGAAAAUCAGCGGUCACCUAACAGGAAUGGCUAAUGCCUUCAGGACAGUGUACCGGCUUGGUGGUCUGGCGGCCUUCUUCAAAGGGGUCCAAGCUCGGAUUAUAUACCAGAUGCCCUCCACUGCCAUUGCCUGGUCAGUGUACGAAUUCUUCAAGUACUUUAUGACAAAGCAGCAGCUGGAAUCUGAGGCAGGACCUCGGCCAAUGUAAUGGAAAGUGUGUCGGCGCAAAACAAACCUAGACUGGAACUGAGAAGACGCCAGCUUGAAGCGGUGUGAGCUCACUUUGUACUUUUUGAGGACAUCAGUUAUUUUCUCACGGGGAAAUCCCGGGAGGUGGAGGAGUGGCAGCGAAUAGCACUCCCUAUUGUUCACUUACCUGUGUGUGCGUGUUAAAGUUAAGAUGUUACACAACCACUAUAUGCAACAGAGAUGACCAUUCUUAGAAAUCUUCUUCCUCCUCUGCUCCACAAACACAUUAACCGCAACUUUCCAAACUCUUUUCCACAUGUGGUGGGCGUAAAAUGAAUUUGUCUUGAAUGAUGUUUAUAGCUAUUAAUAUUGGAACUUUUUAUUUAUUUGGUUAGCUUCCCGAAGCUUGGAUUUUAUGGAGGCGGAAGAAACACAGUGCUGUUUGUUUUAUUAUUAUUAUUAUUGUGUAUUUAUAAAGUACAAAAAAAGCCCAUUACAAUACAUUCCUUAGUGUCGCUCCAAGGCGAACGGAGGAGUUGCUCUGUCUAAGUGCCUCAAAUAUUAAAAACUACUCUUUUGCCCUCUUGACAGAUUCUUAUUUCCGUGUUUCAUUUUUGUUUGGUCCAUGUUCAUGCAAAGAAGCACAUUGUUAGAAGAGUAAAUCUUAAGUGGCUCUUUAUGUCAUAACUGACCACAUUUGUUUAAUCUGAAUUUACUAAACUGAAUCCUUUAAUUAUUUUUGGAUUAUCUCUGCACCAAAUGUUCAAAUGCAGGUCUGCAGCUUAUUAUUAUUAUUAUUAUUAUUUGCUUUAAGUAAAUACCAUGUGUUUACCAUGCCCUCUUUAUCCUUCAGUAUCAAGGUGUGUAGGCUGAAACGGUCCAGUUAUUUGCCUUGUUAAAGCGCAGCACUACUAUGCUCCUAAGUAACGCACAAUAAUAGUUUUUAAUGUAAAGAAUCAAACCUGUUACAGAAAGAAGGCAGCUUGUUUACAUGUAUUCAAAAACACGAAUAUAGAUUUUGAGGGCGACUAUUUCUGAGAAACUUUACUAUCCGAUACGGCUGAUGAGGCCAUAUCUCAACCAUCAUGUACAUUUGUACUGGUGUGAUGCUUAGCUUCUAAGUGGCCUGUUUUGUUUACUUGUGUCAUAUUGACCUUGAACCUAAAGGUUGUAGAUUGUAUAUAAAAUAUUUUCAGAGUAUAUGUUUUGCUGAAACUUCAAGUGUAGACUUCAUGUGAUACAAAAUGUAUAGUUGUAGCCUUUGUUUUAUUUUGAAGCUGACCAUUGUUACCACAAGAUCAGUAAUACCCUGAUCAAAUCAGCUGGUAUUUAUUUUAUUGUCAGUCGUCCUGUUGUAGUUGCACGUUUCCUGUGUGCUUACUGCUCUCUGCAGUCUCUUGACUAUUUUCCAUUCAGUUGGUCAAGACAUUCCUCCAGACACUGAUGUAAUCCAGCAAGCAGCCUGAUUUAUUUGUUUUUAAUUAUCAAGUUUUCUUUGUUCCUUUUUGGUAAAGUUCAGAGAGUUCAUCAGAUUCCAUUGGUCUCAAAAACCCUUUUAGAAUCAUAGUGCUUGUACAGUAGAGUAAUUAUUAAUAUACCAAAGACAUGGAUUAUAUUCUAUGCAUAUUCCUUUUAACCUACAAUUAUGACUCUGUUUUCCUGCAUCCUGUGAUUUGUCAUUCCACCUUCUUUGCCCCACAGUUUCCACUCAUAAGUGUUAAAUUGCCUCAUCUCUUGAAUUCUUCUGUAUAUUUAGCUCUAGAGGUUUAUUUUCUGUAUUUUGGAUCUUGAUGUGUCAAUGCUGCCUCAGCAUUUUAAUCUGAUCCUCCGAAAGGUUCCAUUGCCUACUGAAGUACUUGAGCAAAAGCAGUUAACAGUAAAAAAUUGUAUGUAUGGUUUUCUGGAAAAUUACAUUGUAACCUAAUUUUUAUUUACUGAUAAGCCACUUUAGACUAUAUAAACUGCUUGUAUUGAAUGCAAUAUGGAUUUCACAUCAAUGGAUAAGCUGUUUUGUCCGCUUGAAUAUUAAGAUUAGAUUAAUACAGCUGUUUUAUUCUAAUCACAGUUGGGUCAGUCUAUUGCCACAUUGUGUUUGUUUUAUUUUUCAGUUGGAUCUACUGACAAAACUUUACUCCUUUUUGAUUUGAACUUAAUCAUAUGAUAAACAAAAGUGAAAGACUACGUUUUUAUUAAUCACAUUAAUAUAUAUUUCCCAAACGCCUGUGUCAAAGUACAUGUCAAAGCAGUGUUUCUAAUAGAUGCUUAGUUUUUAAAGGAAGCAGCAGAACUGAUAUUCUAUGUGGGUAUUUCCAUGAUGUAAAUAUCUUGUAUGCUAUUUACGCACAGAUGAUUGAAAUGGGAGUUGGGAUGAUUUUUUUUGCUGUGGGCCACCUCCAGAACAGGAAUUGUUGGAUGUUUUGACCAAGCAAAUAUGAAAUGAUUGUGAUAAUGCUGCUACAGUAUGUAACACUGGAGCUGAAAUAAAACAUGCAAGUGAGGAA